AUCCUUCAGUUCCAACGCGCAUCUCAGGCUUCAAAGAUCACUCUCAACUUCCACUUCCAACUCAACACACUCAAUUUACACAACACCAACAUGUCUUCCCGAGGUUACGAGGACUCUCCUUCUGGCGAGUUCCAGGAGAACUCCUAUGUCUCUCGCCCUGGUGAAAAGGCAGAGCCCAUUCCCGUGCAGGCCGACUCCGACACGGUGGAGGACCCAAUUGAUGCGAACAACGCGGACACCGAUGCGCAACUCGAGCGCGAUGAUGCCGAUGCUAUCGACAAGAGCAACAUCAUUGAUGAGCGUACCCGAGGCGCGACUAAGCCUGGUGGUACCUACAAGGAGCCUGGCGAUGUGGAGGGACUGCCUGAUGAUACUGGUCGAAGCUCCAACCGAUAG